GUGUUCUCAAUGCGCAGUCUUAUCUUCCUCGCAGUCUGUCCCUUCUCUUCUUGCAAGGAGCAGUACGACAUAGGGAAGUAAGUACAAAGAAAAUUGCAUUAAUGGCAAGAUUCCAAAACGCUCGCUUGAUGUUUAUACAGUCAAAGGACGCCGCACUUGUAUACAGGAUGACUCAUUCCGAUAAAUUUGACUUCUCUUUUUUCCAUAAGGUCGAGACGAAGCCAAGUGUACCCGCUGAUGUUUGGUUCACAAAAGAUUCCUGUCUACUGUUACAUGGGAAACUUUGGAUGUGGCGGUGGAGGAUGGACGCUGGCCAUGAAGAUAAACGGCGCAAAGGUAAACUCUCUGUCUCCUAAAACCUUUUGAUAUUAUUGAAAUUUAAAGAAUGGAAAGAAUUAUAAACUGAGUUCCUUGUCUUCCAGAGAACCUUCCAUUACGAUUCCCAUUUCUGGCGCAACAGAAAUGUCUACCAUCUUGCAGGAGGCAAGACUGGCUUUGACUUCCAGGAGACCAAGUUACCUACCUAUUGGAACACACCCUUCUCCAAGAUCUGCCUCGGUAUGAAGAUCGGUCAUCAGCUCAGGUUUAUUUUGAUCAACCGGCACGCCAACUCACUGUUCUCACUGAUCGCUGAUGGGAAAUACCGCGCCACCUCACUUGGUCGUAACACGUGGAAGACACUGAUUGGUUCACAGGCCUCAUUGCAGCCUCACUGCAAUAAAGAAGGAUUCAAUGUGGUGGGACACAACUCUUAUGACCCCAAAGCAAGAAUCGGCAUCAUCGCUAACCAGCAGAAUCACUGUGGUUCCUGUGACUCCCGAAUUGGUUUUGGCACCGCAGGUCUAUAUGAUGACUCCAACACGUGUGGAAAUGAGGCAAUGCUCUCGUCAGAUAAUGGCGACAAGCACAUCAAAGCCAUGGGGUAUAUCCUGGUACAGUGACAGGGGACACAGUUAACUUCCCAAAUUUUAAGCAGAGAAGUUAUCAUGUAGUAGAAAAUGUAGUAUCUUAAAGCAUACCAGCCAAUAAAACGGGU